UCUAGGCAAACGAUCCACAGAAAGGAGACCGUGCACAGAGAUAGGCAGCAUGACAAGCUGUGUGUUUUCUAAUAGCGAUAUCCAUGCCAAUAAAUAACAAAGUUCAUCGGAGCCCUGCCAGUGCCUCUAACGUGCGACUGCGCUGCCAUAUGGCUCCGUGCUGCUUCUGAAGCAGGCAGUAUCCGUUCGGGUGGGAACCGAAGCGGAGGCUCCGUGCUGGAUGCUGCUUUGCAAGCGGUUUGGAGGAAGAACAGAUCUCUUUCCACUGCACCGGGGGAAUAAAUAUUAGAGCAGCAGCUUGCUCACCUGGGAUAAAUGCUGGGUCAGGAUUUAGGAAACACUUGGUUUCUGACUCUGUCUAUAGAACAACUCACUUUAUAGCUUGGGGCAAGUUACAUUAGUCCACGCUAGAAAGGUUUCCCAUUAAAAUGAUUGUGUGUCUAGCUGAACGGAUUCGGUGUCUUAGUUAUUCCUGACGCAAAGUUACGUCCCUACAAAUCUAAGAGGAUUCAGGCUCCACUAGUUUAGUUUGUUUCUGUCAAAUUUUUACGUAAAAUAAAAGCCACGCUACUUGCCAACCCAGCAGAGCUGCCUCACAAGGGCUGCUUCCGACGGGUGUAUUUAGCCAGCUCCGCGAUCACCAGGUAGCAUUUACAUUAUUGAUAGGGCAUGGCUGCGAGCAGGCUGCUCUCAGAGGGCAGAGCCUGAAUUCACCUGUUCGCUAUUACUCGAGUUGCUUAGAGAUCACAAACACCCCAGCCUCGAGAUGUGUGGCUGCAGAGCAAGUGUGCUCGGCACGAAGCAGUACUCGAUCAAUCAGCCAGCUUCUGCUUCCACCAAAAAAAGCCCUUUGGCUACAGGAGGCAUGCCCAAGCCCAUACCUAUAGCCAAGCAGCUGGCAUCAAUAAAAGCUCUAGGAAAAGGCUCAGAACUUGAAAAAGCUUUUGCUACAGCAGCUUUGGUGUAUAACAACUCUGCUGAUCCUGAGGGCAAGCUUAGCAAAGCUGAAACCAAAAGCUUGCUGCAAACCCAGUUUUGGGGUUUCAUACAGGGCCAAGAAAACAAACCAAAAUACCAGGAAAUAAUUUCUGCCCUGGAUGAGGAGUCAGAGAACAAAAUUGAUUUUGAAGAUUUCAUGAUCUUGUUAGUCAGUCUCACUCUAAUGUCUGACCUGCUGCAGGAGAUCAAAAAUAUGAAAACCACAAAAUGAUCAGUGCUUUUAAAGAAGAAAUGGCUCGGCACUUUCUAAGGGAAGCAGGAGUGAACCACACACAGAGAUAACACCAAGUGCCUGGAUACCCUGUGCUUGUCCUUUUUAAAUGGA